AUGUUGUUUAUUAUAAUUUGCAUUUUCUUUUCAGUAGUAAAAGGCUUGCCGUGUACGGUAUACAACAAGACGUACGACAACGGAGAAACAUUCAGGCUAGAUUGCAGAACGCAGUGCACAUGUCAGAACGGCACUUAUGCCUGUGCGUCGUUGUGUCCACAAGAAAAUAUAUCUCCUCAAGGACUUUGCAGGCAUCCCCGGUUGGUCGAAGUGCCCGGACAGUGCUGCAGGGAAUGGAUGUGUGAUAACGUAAAUAUGGAAAGGCCGCCAAAUUGUGAAGCAUUAGUCACACCAUGGGCGGAAUGUUCAUCCCAGUGUGGAUUAGGCCUUUCUAGGCGCAUGUCUAAUGCAAAUGAAGCUUGUAAGCCUAAUAACGAAACCAGACUUUGCCAAAUAAGGCCGUGUCACUCACCACCACUGGUGAAUGCUAAAUAUGCAAGACACCACCACAUUAGAAAGGGACACGAGUGCAAGGCGACGAUCAAGUCGACGACACCGGUCCGGCUGAAGUUCGGCGACUGCCGGAGCCGGAAGACAUUUCACCCGAAGCGGUGUGGCGGCGCGUGCCCGUCGGCGAGUGGUGGUGGUGGAGGUGACGGCAACAGUGUUAACGGUAUCGUUUGUGCCCCCGAGCUCAGCACCACGGUCAAAGUGGAGUUCCUGUGCCGGAGCCCGGUGGAGGGCCACGACCGGCUGGACGGCGCUGUGCCAGGCGACGACCUCUGGGAACCCGUCCGCAGGCCCUUCUCGGCCACAGCCGACGAUUACGUGCACAGCGUGUACGUGGACGUCGAAUGGAUCGUCAAGUGCACGUGCCGGCGGCACUCUGACUGA